AUGGUAACUCGUGUCCAAACUCAUUCUCUAUGGAUAUUCAUUAUACAUUUAUGUAAAAACAGAAAUAUUUUUAUUUUCAUCAUUUCAGGGGAAUUAUUAGCCGUCAGAAAGUCUUAUUAUCAAAAAGCUGAUGAUAAAAUUCCUGCAUUCAGUAUAACUACUGCGAUAAUUUGGAAUGGGAAUAUAAUAUUCCAUUAUGAGAACGUUCCUACGAUAAUUGGUGAAAGCCAAAAGUUAUCGAUUAUUGCGGCUAAUAUUGAUUGCGGAGCAGAUGAGGAAGAAAAUGUAAUAUAUGUUCCUGGAAAAUGGAUCCAAAGUGGAACGUUAAUGGAGUUUGAAGCUCUCGGUGAUUGUCCAAAACACGUUUCGAGUGAAGCAUGUCACGGCGCAACAAUACCAGAUACAACGUGCAUUUGGUGUGAAACAGCCAAUAUGUGCAUCACCAGCAAUGAUAAGGAUCUUCAUGAAUUCAAAGUAAAUGGUUGCAAGAAUAAAAGCUCGACUGUCAACGUUGCUACUGAACCAACAACUCUAGCAACUACUGAAACUGAUUUGAAGAAGACUAGUGGAAGCAUUGAAUCACAUUUGAACAUGACUACAGAUACAACAACUCCUGCAACUACUGAAACUGAUCUAAGAAAUGAAUUGAAGAAGACUAGUCCAAGUACUGAAUCACAUUUGAACAUGACCACAUAUACAGCUGAACACAUGGAGGAAACAAAAACACUGCAAUAUGUGUACAUCGUUGUACCAUUAGUUAUAUCUUUCCUUAUUGUGUGCAUUGGCUGUAGCAUUUGGCUAUGGUUCUACAGAAGGAACAGAGUUCAUCCAUAG